AUUGCAGUUAUACUGCAAUUAGCAACGAUGGAAUACUGUAUAGUCAUCACUGUUGACUGGUAUAGACCGUUGUUCAUUUUUGUGGUAGUUUUUUUCACCUGUUACAUUAAAAAAAUAAUGAUCUCUGAAACAGUUUUUUACUGUCUUUUCUUGUAGACCUAGCAGAUUUCCAGGUCUCAUUGGUGAAAUGGGAGAUCCAGCGUUUCACAGAGAUUGCCCCCUCGAUUGUAAAGUUUAUGUUGGAAACCUAGGAAACAAUGGAAACAAGACCGAACUGGAGAGGGCGUUCGGCUACUACGGUCCUCUAAGAAGUGUUUGGGUUGCACGGAAUCCACCAGGUUUUGCUUUUGUGGAGUUUGAAGAUCCAAGAGAUGCCUCUGAUGCUGUGAGAGAACUGGACGGGAGAAACAUGUGUGGCUGUCGAGCCCGUGUAGAGUUGUCUACUGGGGAAAAGCGCUCCAGGAGCCGUGGUCCUCCUCCGUCCUGGAACAGGCGUCCUCGGGAUGAUGUAAGGCGACGUAGUCCACCAGUCAGACGCAGAUCGCCAAAGAAGAGGAGCACGAGCCGCAGUCGCAGCAGGUCUCCGUCUAAAGAAAAACGUAGAUAUCGAUCUCUCUCCAGAGACAAGACUCGUAAAAACUCACGAUCCUUGUCCCGGUCAAGAAGUCGUUCCAGGUCUUUUGAGAGGAAGUAAAGAAAACUUCCGAGGGAUGGUUCAUCAGCUGGGUCACGCUUUGGUUCUGGACGUAGUUCUUUUUUUAAAGUCAUGCUUUUCCUCCUACAUUAGUCUGCUCUUGGUUAGUCUGGUGUUCUGGCAGUCUGUUUACAACAAAACUUUUUUUUUUGUUUUUUUUUACUUUGUAUUAUUUCAAAUUGACAGUGAAGAUGAAACCAUUUCUUUUCUUACCUUGCAUGUGCUUAAAAAAAAUUGAGUGUUUUUAAUUUGUCUGUUUGCUUUUUAAAAGGGCGUUAUUUACCUGCUUAGGUUUCUGAGAGAUGCAUCUGCGUUUGGUUUCUCCUGACAAGUGCUGUAAAUACUGGUGUUUUUAUUUGUAAGUCAUCUUAGAAGUGCUUAGACAGCUGUGAUUUUUUUUUUCUGUUUUUUUUUGUUUCUGGCUUUUUGUGGGUUAUUUCUUUUAAAGAAUUCAGUCUUUCCUCUUUUUUUUUUUUUUGCUUGAUUGUUCAAGCACUGACUACUUGCUCCGGUGUAUUCAAAUGUCUCCUUCAAUAAAUGUCUUUCCAAGGUGGAAUUGUCUUUUUAUUGACUUUCUUUUUUUUUUUUUUAAAUGUAUGCAUUUAUAUACGUAAAUGUGUAAAUAAUCCACAGCUACCCUGUGACCAUUCAGCUCAGCUCUGAUUCUUCAUGUUCACACAACAAAAACAAUCCCAAAGAUAAACGUUUUGCUGCUGUUGCCUCGACAGGAAGUGAAGCUAUGAUUGCAGUGUGGAAACACCCCCACGUGUGAAAUGUGUUAGUCGUUCGGCCAAGGACUAUGACUUGACAUUACGAAGCUGCUGGUGUGGUGAGACGACCGAAGACGAACUGGGGACAGAAGAUUAGAAAUAAUGUCUGCUCAGAGAUCAAAGAAACGGCUGGGCUCACGUCGCGCUGCAGUGAAUCAAAAUAAAACACCGGGGCCUGACGGUGCACACGCAACAGAUCUGACUGAUGCAGUUCAACACCGCGGUCCACAGGGGGACGAUGAAUUAUUGAAUAUGACUUCUCAUGCUGAGAGUUCACUUCCAGAACACCAGCAUCAACUUUCACCGGAGCUCAAAGAGAACAGAAGGAAAAUCGGAUCAAGACGAAGAAACAAAGAGCAAAAACGAA